AUGGAGUGGUGCAAUCAGAGCUCUGUGGCUGAGUUUGUCCUACUGGGCCUGGCAGAGGGGGCUAUGACCAAAACUAUGCUUUUUGUUCUCUUUUUGGUCAUAUACUUAGUUACCUUACUAGGCAUCUGCACAAUGGUGAUAUUAAUUGGGAUUGAACAUCGCCUACACACACCAAUGUAUUUCUUCCUCCUCCAUUUGUCCCUACUGGACCUUUGCUAUUCCUCAGUUACCAUCCCACAGAUGUUGGCACAUCUUCUCUCCAGGCAUAAAGCCAUAUCCUUUGUCCAGUGUGCCUUCCAGAUGUAUAUUUUCCUGGUGUUUGGUAUGGCAGAAUGUGUUUUGUUGAGUCUCAUGGGCUAUGACUGCUACGUGGCAAUUUGCCAUCCUUUACACUAUACCACCAUCAUGAACUGGCACUUCUGUCGUUGGACUGCAGGAGCUGCUUGGUUGAGUGGGUUCCUCAAUUCCCUCAUGUCAACUUUUGCUCUACGCCUGCCAUACUGUACCAAAAAUCGCAUCAAUCAGUUCUUCUGUGAGGUACCGGCUGUCAUCAAGAUGGCGUCUGCUGACUCCUCAGAGGCAGAGAUAGUUGUGUUUGUCUUUGGCUCCAUUCUUCUGCUGCUGCCUUUCAUCCUCAUCUCUGCCUCCUAUGCCCGCAUUGGGAUUGCCAUCUUGCGCAUUCGCUCAGCUGAGGGCCAACGCCGUGCCAUCUCGACCUGUGGCUCGCACCUCCUGGUUGUGAGCCUUUUCUAUUGCACAGCACUCUUUGCCUACAUGAGGCCCACCUCGGUCAGUUCUGCCACAGGCCAGGAUAAGGCUGUGUCUGUGUUCUACACCAUGGUCACCCCCAUGAUGAAUCCCCUCAUCUACAGCCUUAGAAACAAGGAGGUGAAGGGUGUUCCGAGGAAAUUAUUAAGCAAGAAAACAACCUCUCCAAAGACCUGA